AUGACGAACCAGGAAAAAUGGGCCCACCUCAGCCCCUCUGAAUUUUCCCAACUUCAGAAAUAUGCUGAGUAUUCAACAAAGAAGUUGAAAGAUGUUCUGGAAGAAUUCCAUGGUAAUGGGGUGCUUGCGAAGUACAAUCCUGAAGGGAAACCAGACAUUCUUAACCAAACGAUAGAUUUCGAAGGUUUCAAGCUAUUUAUGAAGACAUUCCUGGAAGCAGAGCUUCCUGACGAUUUCACAGCACACUUGUUCAUGUCAUUUAGCAACAAGUUCCCCCAUUCCAGCCCAAUGGUAAAAAGUAAGCCGGCUCUCCUUUCAGGGGGUCUGAGAAUGAAUAAAGGAGCCAUCACUCCUCCCCGAAGUUCCCCAGCAAAUACAUGUUCCCCGGAAGUUAUCCACCUGAAGGACAUUGUCUGCUACCUGUCUCUCCUGGAAAGAGGAAGGCCGGAAGAUAAGCUGGAGUUUAUGUUUCGUCUUUAUGACUCCGAUGGGAACGGCUUCCUGGACAGCUCGGAGCUAGAAAAUAUCAUUGGUCAGAUGAUGCAUGUGGCAGAGUACCUGGAAUGGGAUGUGACAGAACUUAAUCCAAUCCUCCAUGAAAUGAUGGAAGAAAUCGACUAUGACCACGAUGGCACGGUGUCUCUGGAGGAGUGGAUUCAGGGGGGGAUGACGACCAUCCCACUUCUUGUGCUCCUUGGCCUGGAAAAUAAUGUGAAGGAUGACGGACAGCACGUGUGGCGACUCAAGCAUUUUAACAAACCUGCCUACUGCAACCUUUGCCUGAACAUGCUGAUCGGCGUGGGCAAGCAGGGCCUCUGCUGCUCCUUCUGUAAAUACACAGUCCACGAACGCUGUGUGGCUAGAGCCCCUUCUUCUUGCAUCAAGACCUAUGUGAAGUCCAAAAAGAACACAGAUGUCAUGCACCAUUACUGGGUUGAAGGCAACUGCCCGACCAAGUGUGAUAAGUGCCACAAAACAGUGAAAUGUUACCAGGGGCUGACAGGACUACACUGUGUGUGGUGUCAGAUCACACUGCAUAACAAAUGUGCUUCUCAUCUGAAACCUGAAUGUGACUGUGGGCCUUUGAAGGACCAUAUUUUACCACCCACAACAAUCUGUCCAGUGGUACUGCAGACUCUCCCCACUUCAGGAAGUUCAGCUCCAGAGGAAAGACAAUCAACAGUGAAAAAGGAAAAGGGUAGUUCUCAGCAGCCAAACAAAGUGACUGAUAAGAACAAAAUGCAGAGAGCCAACUCUGUCACAGUGGAUGGACAAGGCCUUCAGAUCACUCCUAUUCCUGGUACUCACCCACUUUUAGUCUUUGUGAACCCCAAAAGUGGUGGGAAGCAAGGAGAACGUAUUUACAGAAAAUUCCAGUAUCUACUAAAUCCUCGUCAGGUCUACAGUCUUUCUGGAAAUGGACCAAUGCCAGGGUUAAACUUUUUCCGAGAUGUUCCUGACUUCAGAGUGCUAGCAUGUGGUGGCGAUGGAACUGUGGGCUGGAUUUUGGAUUGCAUAGAAAAGGCCAAUGUAGUCAAGCAUCCUCCAGUUGCUAUUCUGCCUCUGGGGACAGGCAAUGACCUAGCAAGAUGCCUGCGAUGGGGAGGAGGUUAUGAAGGAGAGAAUCUCAUGAAGAUCCUGAGAGACAUUGAAAUUAGCACAGAAAUUAUGCUGGACAGGUGGAAGUUUGAAGUAAUUCCUAAUGACAAAGAUGAGAAGGGAGACCCAGUGCCUUACAGUAUCAUCAACAAUUACUUUUCCAUUGGAGUGGAUGCCUCCAUUGCACAUAGAUUCCACAUCAUGAGAGAAAAACACCCAGAGAAGUUCAAUAGUAGAAUGAAGAACAAGUUUUGGUACUUUGAAUUUGGCACAUCUGAAACAUUCUCAGCAACCUGCAAGAAGCUACAUGAAUCAGUAGAAAUAGAAUGUGACGGAGUCCAGAUAGAUUUAAUAAACAUCUCUCUGGAAGGAAUAGCUAUUUUGAAUAUACCGAGCAUGCAUGGAGGCUCCAAUCUUUGGGGAGAGUCAAAGAAAAGAAGAAGCCAUCGGAGAAUAGAAAAGAAAGGGUCUGACAAAAGGCCCACCCUCACAGAUGCCAAAGAGUUAAAGUUUGCAAGUCAAGACUUGAGUGACCAGCUUCUGGAAGUGGUUGGUUUGGAAGGAGCCAUGGAGAUGGGUCAAAUCUACACAGGACUGAAAAGUGCUGGCCGGAGGCUGGCUCAGUGUUCUUCUGUAGUCGUCAGGACGAGCAAGUCCCUGCCCAUGCAGAUCGAUGGUGAGCCAUGGAUGCAGACACCAUGCACGAUAAAAAUAACACACAAGAACCAAGCUCCAAUGUUAAUGGGCCCUCCUCCAAAAACCGGGUUAUUCUGCUCCCUGGUCAAAAGAACAAGGAACCGAAGCAAAGAAUGA